AUGAACACAAUUCGAGAUACAGAAAUUAAUUUUAUUUGCUUAUUCGACUUUCAAGCAAAGAUGGAAGACCAUAGCCAUAACAAUAGUAGUAAUCACACUUCACAUGAGGAAAAGUUUCGUGUAUAUAAUGAUGCAUUAAUCCAUGCAUCCAGGUGUCAAGAGACGAAAUGUGAAGCACAUAAUGGACGUUGUCAUAAGGUAAAGGCCAGUAUUGAUCACUUUGUGCGUUGUUAUGGUCCACGACGCAAGAUUUCUCCCAUUGAAAGUUGUAAAAUGUGCUCAAAGAUUUGGGGUCUUCUCUGUUUUCAUGCAAAGACAUGUCAAACACCAUUGGGUCGACGCUGUGCUGUUUCACAAUGUGAUUAUCUACGUGAUAAGAUUACACGUAAAUGUCAGAAUGAUGGACGUGAACUACAGGAGGCUAAGGUCAAGGUCCAAAACAAAUUAGAGGAAUGGAGUGUCGAGCGACGUAUUGCACAGGUGGAGAUUGACAGACAGCAGGUGUUACAACUGAUUGCAGAUAUUCGUGCGCGCAAGGCGCAGGUAGUACAGACAACACAGCAGCAGCAGACUAUGAUAUCCAUGAGCUGA